UCUCUUUCACAGCAAUCGAGACCCAGAGUACGAGUUCAGAGGAGAUCGUCCCGAGCCCACCCUCUCCGCCCCCUCCUCCUCGCGUCUAUAAGCCCUGCUUUGUGUGUCAGGACAAAUCUUCAGGAUAUCACUAUGGCGUCAGUGCCUGUGAGGGCUGCAAGGGUUUCUUCAGGCGAAGUAUUCAGAAGAACAUGGUCUACACGUGCCACAGAGAGAAGAACUGCAUCAUCAACAAAGUCACCCGCAACCGCUGUCAAUACUGCCGGCUGCAGAAGUGCCUGGAAGUGGGGAUGUCCAAAGAAUCGGUAAGGAAUGACAGGAAUAAGAAGAAGAAAGAAGAUAAAAAGCAAGAAUGCACAGAGAGCUACACACUGAGCCCAGACACAGAGCAGAUGAUUGACAGAGUCAGGAAAGCCCACAAAGAGACCUUCCCCUCGCUGUGUCAACUCGGCAAAUACACCACGAGUAACAGCUCAGAGCGGCGCGUGGCACUGGACGUGGAUCUGUGGGAUAAGUUCAGUGAGCUCUCCACAAAGUGCAUCAUAAAGACGGUGGAGUUCGCCAAACAGCUGCCGGGAUUCACCACCCUCACCAUCGCAGACCAGAUCACACUGCUGAAGGCUGCUUGCCUCGACAUACUGAUUUUGAGGAUCUGUACCCGCUACACGCCUGAGCAAGACACCAUGACUUUCUCUGAUGGGUUAACACUGAACCGAACGCAGAUGCACAAUGCUGGCUUCGGUCCGCUAACAGACCUGGUGUUCGCCUUCGCUAGUCAGCUAAUACCGCUAGAGAUGGAUGACGCCGAGACGGGACUGCUCAGUGCUAUAUGCCUACUGUGUGGAGAUCGCCAGGACCUGGAAGAAGCCGACAAGGUGGAUGUUCUGCAGGAACCGCUUCUGGAAGCACUGAAGAUCUACGUGAGGAACAGGAGGCCGCACAAACCUCACAUGUUUCCUAAGAUGCUGAUGAAGAUUACCGACUUGAGGAGCAUCAGUGCCAAGGGAGCAGAGCGUGUGAUCACCCUGAAGAUGGAGAUUCCUGGUUCCAUGCCCCCUCUCAUUCAAGAGAUGUUGGAGAACUCUGAGGGUUUGGAGAGUUCCUCAGGUGGGGUCAGUUCACGGGCCGCCGGCGCCCCUCCAGGCAGUUGUAGCCCCUCCCUUUCUCCAAGCUCUGCUCAGAGCAGCCCACCCACGCAGUCCCCAUGACAACCAUCAUUGCCGUCAUCGUCAGCCACUUAUCUACUACUGUGUGCCCUCUGCGACGCGACUGCAGAAACGUUCAAAAGCACGCGCUCAUAUUGCCGCUAAAGACUAAAGGGGGAAUCAAAAGUGUGUCGCCGGAAUUUUGUUGUUUUCUUUCCUCAGAUCAGACUGUGAUUGUAUUCCUCCUCAAUUUCCCUUUGGAUGAAGGGAGGAAGACCACUGGAGGGUGAAGACAAAAAAGUGCAAGAAUGAAUGGACAAAAGUAUAGAAGGAAUUAAAGGACCUUUUCUUCUGUUUCCGAUUCUUAUGGCCUGGGGUUUCCAAUGACCAGAGACUGAUUUCCUACAAACUAUAUAUAUAUAUAUAUAUAUAUAUAUAUAUAUAGAAAGAAGACAUGGAAUGAUUGUGAUUGAGAACUGAAUGAAACAUGGAUGGACUUGAUGUAAAGAUGCAUAUGUAUUUCCUCCCUUUUUCCUCUUUAUGCCUAUGAAAGGGCAAAGAGUGAAUUGUUUUAUUUCAGACUGAUGAUGAUGUUUUUCAUGGAGAAAAAAAAACAUUGAAAAGAUUAUUAAUUUUCACUCACAAAAUUGUGCACAGAAGAUAUAAAAAUGGUCGCUACAAA